AUGCCAGGGUCGGCGGUUCGCGACCCGGCCCGGCGCGAGAAGUUUCAACUGUCGCCUGGAGGUUACCGCUGUGCUUGGGCACCGCGGUAUCCAUCACGUAUUCCUCGCAGACCUUUUCAUCCCGCCCUUGGAGUGAUGUUCUUCCUUGGGCUUCUCAUGCUCAGCGGCCUUGAGAAUUUGUCGAUUUAUAACCUUGGUGCCAUGAUUCAUCUACUGAACUGCACUGAUUUUCCACCAAACAUGUGUAAGCGCCGAGUAGACCUACGAGCAAGUGUUACAUUUAUGGACCUAAGUUUUGCCGCCGUGUUGGUGCACUUAACCCGCAAAAUGCAAUACACUCCUGGCUUUCGCAAUGGCCCCGACGCCGCCGCUGUAGUUGGUCGUGCUACUCGCCAUUUCCCGGGACUUCGAAGCAUAUUAAGAUUGUCUGAAAUUUGUUCAGACAUAUCUCCUACACAAGAGGAUCGAUGCGAUGUCGACCAAAAUCAAACAAUAAUGAAGGAUGGAAAGUUGGAUACGCGGUUGCCUCGAACUCUGAAGCCACUCCAUUACCUGGUCAAACUUCAGCCUUUCAUCAACGGCAACUUCAGUAUCUCCGGCUACGUGGAGUUGGAGAUGGAAGUCCUAGAACCGACCUCCAGCAUCAUACUCCACAUGGCUGACAUCAUUACUAAAAACGAAACCGUCAAGCUCUGGGGAUUAGAAGAGGGUCGAAGCAUUAGAGUCAGAGCACAGGAGUACAUCUGCGAGUACCAGUUCUACGUCGCCCGCCUGGAGGAGGAGCUGGAGAGGGGGGAGAGGUACGCUCUGGCCAUGGAGUUCGUCGGGCACUUGAGGGAUGAGCUGUACGGCUUUUACAGGCUAAGCUAUAGAGAUGCUGAUGGGAACAAUCAGUAUUUAGCUGUGACCCAGUUCCAGCCCACACACGCCCGCCGCGCAUUCCCAUGCUUCGACGAGCCAGCCCUGAAGGCGACCUUCGAGGUCCACCUGGCGAGGGAGACCUGGAUGACGUCACUCUCCAACAUGCCCCUCGCCGAGACGCGCCCUGUCGAAGGUCAGGAGGGCUGGAUGUGGGACCGCUUCGAGAGGAGCGUCCCCAUGUCCACCUACCUCGUCGCCUUCGUCGUCUCAGACUUCGUGCAUAUAAAUGCCACAGUGGAUGACCGUGUGCUGCUCCGAGUGUGGGCGAGAGAAGCCACCUUAGAGGAUGCAAAACAUGCGAGCGAAAUAGCUGCCAAGAUUUUACGCUUCUUUGAGGAAUAUUUCGGCAUUCCGUAUCCCCUCAAGAAGUUGGACAUCGUUGCUCUGCCGGGCUUGACGUCCGACAUGGAGAACUGGGGUCUUAUUACCUACAGAGAAAACUCAGUUCUCUAUAACGCCGAGUCUCCUAUUACUGGAGAUAAGAGCUCAAUGAUCGAGGCAGUGGCUCACGAACUGGCCCAUCAGUGGUUCGGCAACCUGGUCACGCCCAAGUGGUGGGACGACACCUGGCUUAAUGAGGGAUUUGCCACCUACAUGAGUGUCUUGGGCGCGGCGGCCACGCAGGUCAGUGGUCUGGGUGUUUCCCUGGAUUGCUUUUGGCAGGUGUUUGGAAAACUCGGUAUGAAGAGUAUAAGUAACUAUAAGGAAACUAUGAAAUCAAGAUCAGUGUCAAAUUGGACCAAUUCACCGGAGGCCCUAUGGGAGGGCGCGGAGGCAGCGGGCGUCAGGAUGCUCCAGCAGGUGUUCCGGGAGGAUAGCCUACAGUCGUCACAUAAAAUCAACAUCCCUGUUUGUCACCGAGAUGAUAUCAACGAAAAUUUCGACAGCAUAUCUUACUUGAAAGGAGCCUCCAUCAUCCGUAUGAUGUCCCACUUCCUCGGGCAAGCCACCUUCAAGAAAGGCCUCAACAACUACUUCAAUUUAUUCAAGUACAGCAAUGCAGCUCAAGACGACCUAUGGGAGUACCUGACUGAUGCCGCCCACCAGGAUGGCCGUAUAUUUGAUUUCGACACCGUCAAGAUGUUCAUGGACCCGUGGACGCUGCAGAAGGGCUUCCCCGUCGUCCGGUUGGCCAGAAGCGCCGACAGGACCUCAGGCAUCAUCACGCAGGAACACUUCCUUUCAGAAAAUCGCAACCUCAGUGACACGCACGACUACAGGUGGUGGAUUCCCUUGUCUUUCACGACUCGGAGCAGAGUUGACUUCAACAGAACACAGAUUAUGGUGUGGAUGAGGGACUACUGGGAAAGCUUAAACGUCACAUAUUCUUCUGCCGAAGAUGAGUGGGUCAUCUUCAAUCUGCAGCAGACAGGCUACUACAGAGUCAACUAUGACGACCACAACUGGAACCUCCUCAUCCAACAGCUGAAGGACGACCAUAAGGUCAUCCAUGUUUUCAAUCGUGCACAGAUUAUUGAUGAUGCUAUGAAUCUUGCUAAAGCUGGUCACCUCACCUACAAAGUUGCCUUGGGUGUUUACGCCUACCUGUCGAAGGAAACGGAGCAUCUGCCUCGAACCGUGGCUGCAGAAAACAUGAAGUACCUGGUGGCCAUGUUGAGAGGCACAGCAGCUUUCAGCGCUCUCAAGGUUGCUUUGAAAUUACAAGAAGAGAAUGGAUGCGAGAGCUGUAGUUCAUAG